AUGGUCAAGGUUUUACUCUAUGUUACUUUUGUGUUUUUUAGUGUAUGUGAAGCAAAUGUGAAGCUCGCACACAACGUGAUUUUUAAGGCAGUGUUUGCUUUUGGAGAUUCAAUUGUGGAUCAAGGAAAUAAUAACAAUAUAACAACGCUAAUAAAGUGUAAUUUUCAGCCUUAUGGUAAGGAUUUCAUGGGUGGAGAUCCAACAGGAAGGUUCAGCAAUGGCAAGACGCCAACCGACUUGAUAGCGGAAGAAGUGGGGAUAAAAGAGCUCGUGCCAGAUUAUUUAGAUCCAAAUUUGAAAACAGAAGAUAUAGAAACCGGAGUAAGCUUUGCAUCUGGAGGUUGUGGAUAUGAUCCUCAAACAGCUACUAUCGCGGAAGCCAUACCUCUAUCAACACAAUUAACGCAGUUCAAAGAAUAUAUUGAGAAGUUGAAAGGUUUAGUUGGGGAAGAAGAAGCUAAUAAUAUUCUGAAAAAUAGCUUAUUUAUGGUGGUUGCUGGCACUGACGAUCUAGCCAAUACUUACUUCACCGCUGGAAUUCGCUUGAAGCAAGAUAUUAACUCAUAUACUGAUCUAAUGGUGGCUAAAGCUUCUAAAUUUCUCAAAGAAUUGUACAAGUUGGGAGCAAGAAAAUAUUUGAUUUUCGGAAUUCCACCAAUAGGAUGUUUGCCAUCACAAAGAACACUUGGUGGAGGGCUUAAUAGAGUGUGUGUUCAAGAAUACAACGAAGCUGCCAACACCAAAUUCUCUAUUGCAAUUGAUUCUUUAUCCAAAAACUUGCCUCAAUCCAGGAUGGUUUUAGUUGAUAUCUAUAGUCCUCUACUUGAUCUCAUUCUUAACCCCCAAAAAUAUGGAUUUGAAGAAGCAGAGAAAGGGUGUUGUGGCACAGGAAAAAUAGAGGUGACAUUACUAUGCAACAAAUUUAGUGGAACAUGUGAAGAUGAUACAAAGUAUAUUUUUUGGGAUAGUUAUCAUCCCACUGAGAAGGCUUACACAACCAUUGUUGAUCAGCUCAUUACAAAAUAUAUCAACAGUUUUUGUAGAUGA